AUGAACCAAGACAUUCGUGACUCACAUGGCAGUGAAAACGAAGCCAUGGGGAUUGCUGGUCCGUCUACUUUGUUAAUAUCUGAGAUCUCAACAGUAUUGGUUGAUGAAGAAAGUUUGCCCAUUGAAUUGCAUAGCUUUUUCACCCCGGUUACGCAACAAAUAGAGGUGCUCAAUAGUGCAAACAAGUUUCAAAUCACGGGAAUGGAUGAGAAAAUAAAGUUCCAGAAAAAAACUAUACUCAAGCUUCAGGAGAAAGUAAAGAAACAAAAAGAGUUUUUAUUUGCUGCUAAGGAAGAAAUUAUUCAAAUGGCUAAUUACAAGUCGCAAGCUGAUAAGUUGCAACGUGAAUUGAAUGAUUUGAAACAGCAAAUCAAGGAUGGAAAGCAGCGGCAGUCACAAAAGCCGACUGAACUUUCAAUGAUUUUAGACGACACUCCAUAUGCAACGGGUAGAACGAGCAACAACCAAGUUAAUAAUUCGCUAUUUAAUAGGGAUAUGCAGCAACAAAACACUCUAACAUGGCACCCACAAGAUUGUGCUCUGAAUAAGUUUAUCAACAAUGUUCAGCAACAAUUCGAAACAAGACGUACUAAAGAAACACCCGAGACGACUGCAACUGCAGUCUGUUCUGCAUUUGUUGAUCCGCAUAUUGUACAAUUACAACAAAAUGAUCAAAGCCUGCAGCAGCAGCAUCAAAAUCAAUACCAAUACCACUCUCAACACGACGUAUAUUAUCCUUUUUCAAGACAGCUGGUCUAUUCAGCAUCAACAAGCUUUGGUGAACCUAAUGCAAAUCGAUCUACAUUAUUUUCUUCAGGUACUACAACAUCAACUCUUGCAAGUUCACGAAGUAAUCUUCAAAAAUCGAGAUUGAACAAGCUCGGGAAACUGAAUACUAGAUCACUCACAAGUCAAUUAGCUACAAGGAUCACCGCCAACAUGAAGAUGGGGCGUCAAAUAAACACAAAUUAUAGGGAUAUACAUAUUUCGAAUCACUCCUUCAAGACCCCAAGCACUUCCUCUUCAAGCUUCAUGGGCAAAGGCCCUAUAUUGAAUCAUAUCUUGCAAAAAUCAUCUGAUACAUCAUCUGAGUAUUUCCUGCAUUGA